AUGCAACCACACCCACAACCCGCCGGACAAGACUGGUCACACAUGUUCCACCAGCAAACACCUCAAACCGGCUAUUUGCCAUAUAAUUCGACUAUCGCCAACCCCCAAGUCCCAACCAAAACAGAGUUCAAGACCGAAUUCAAAAGCGAACCAUCACUAAGCAACUCUAACGGCUUGUACACAGCUAUCUAUCCUGGCAUUCAUCCUAACGGUUCUAGCCAGACCCCGCCUCUCCCAGGCUGGAAUCUCCAGAACGAUCCACUUGAAGAGAUCUCGAGCCGAUUGAUUUUCUUCUGCUUCCCAAACAACCAGAUUAUCGGCCGAUCUAACGACAUUCGAAGGUACCUCUCUGCGCAGAAUAUCAAGCACUUUUUGGAUCUCUUCACUAGCUUUCAGGGUCACCUCCCAAUCAUCCAUAUGCCAACUUGUCGAAUUGUCGAUACCUUCGAUGGUCUGCUGCUAGCGAUGAUCUGUAUCGGUGCUGUUUAUUCUGACCGGGUGUCAGCCUCUCAGGCUCGUGAGAUAAUGGAGCUGUCCAAGAGUGCUAUUGAGCGAAACUCCCAGGUCUUUUCCGUUGUUUCGCGAGAGCAAACUGGUGACUCUGGCUUUGGAGGAGAGACCAUCGGUUCAAGCAAGUCAGAGCUGGAACAGAUUACUGCAAUUUUCCUGAUGCAGAUCAUGUCCUGCUGGCAUGGUACCCCGAUCCACAGAGAGAAAGCGCGAAGAGAGUUCCACCUUACUGUCGAGAUUGCGAGACGUGCUGGAUUGACAAAGCCAAUGACAAUAUCUCCUUUCAGUGUUCUUCACCAACCAAAUGUUACCGUUGAGAACUUCAGCGCAGCUAGCUUCGACUGGAGCGCUUGGGUUGAGCAGGAGAAACGUUCUAGGUUGAUGUUUGCAAUUUACCUUUUGGACUGUGCUAUGGUCAUCUUCUUCAACGCAUCACCAAAAUUCGAGAGAGACGAGAUUCGACUUCCUCUUCCAGCAGACGACGCUGCUUGGGAUGCUACGUCCUCUUCUGAAUGCGCCGAAGCACUCGGUCUCCACGGCCCUGCAGCUGCACGAACUAAGAACUCCGAGGGCAGUCGUCGUCCAAAGCAACCUGAAUUCCCUGCUGCUAUGAAGACGCUCAUGCAUGGCGACUGGCUCCAGCCUGGCACAACAAAUCUAUACUCUAAGUUUAUUCUAAUCCACGCGCUGCACAUCCAAUUGUGGAGCACUCAAAGACAGCUGGCAUUGCAGGAAGCUGGCCCUAAUUCCUUGGCGUUCCCCACCAGUGGCACGACUACACCCGUUUCUCAGGAUUGGGCAAGAAAUGAUCCUACAGGAAGCGGUCCCCACAGUGCGAACACUAGCGGCAGAGCGACUCCAGUCGAUUCUGCAGGGCAAUUGGCCUCAUCCAUUAAGUCUAUCAAUAACGCAUUCGACAAGUGGAAGAAGGCUUGGGAUGAGGAUAUGUCUACUCAAUACCCUCCAUCGUCAUCUACCUAUCGCCGAUUUGGAUUUUGCAGGGAUGCCGUGCAUUAUUACUGGCUCGCCAAGUACCUUCUCCAAAGUGGACGCACAAUGGAUUUCCAGAUGGCUCCGGAUCAACGCUUCGGCCAAGUUAUGAACUUGUUGAAGUCAGUCAAGAAUUGGGUGCAAACUGAUAGUGCAAAGCGUGGCGAGGAACUUGGUUCUGUUAACGAUAUCGACAAGGAUUACGGUGUCUCCAACCUGACGCUCGACAUGGCUCAGCUCUUUAAGCCAAUCAAUCGGCAGAUCGAUUCUCCGGUUCCUGGUGUACAAACGAAUAUGGGAUAG